AUGCAUAGUAUUCGAUGUGAUGCUGUAUUGGCCUAUCGUGAAGAAUGUACAAUCUAUGAAGAUGUUUGUAUUCUUUCAAGUUAUGGCACAGCAGUACAACUUAAUCCUAAUUGGAUGAAUAAUUAUUCAUUGCAGAAAAUAACAACUACCAAUUCACUUAGUUGUAUUUCUGCGAAUUUAGAAAAAGCUAGUGAAAAAAUUCGUGCAUCUGUAUCAACAUCCAGUCAUUUCACAACCAAUGAUCAAUGUCCUACAAAAAUACCUUCUACUCAUUGUUCUCCUGAAUUGACUACAACGAAUCAUUCUUUUCGUAUGUCAUCAUCAUCGUCAUCAUCAUCAUCAUCAGAAACAACUCCUGUUCCUUCACCAACAUCUUCAUAUAACAAACAAUUGCGUAAAGAAUAUACAGCUGAUCAAUGCUUGUUGCCACAUAAACAAAUAUUUCAUCAUGUCAACAAUGCCGUCAAACCUAAUUGUCGUAUAUGUCAUCUUCCAACAAUAUCUGAUACAAAUCCGAAUCAAUUUACUUCACCUGUUACAUCAUCACGAUGUGCUUCAUGUAAAAUGGCAAGUGUUCCUGAUUUAUUAUUUUCUUCAUCUGACUUCCCUGCAGAGCUAUUAAUUAUUGGUAAUCCAGCUCUAAUACAAGCACGAGUUUGUCGUACAAAGAAAGAUACUAAAGGUGAAGUGGCAGCAAGUGAAUUAAGUGAGAUUCUACCUUUCAUCGAUUAUGAAUUACAUUAUCGUUUGAUGCAGAAAUUACGGUUACGUAGUAUGAAUGGUUUAUUUGGAUUAAGAUAUCGUAUAGCUAUUGGAGAAUAUAUGAUUGCUGCUAUUGCUGAUACUUAUUAUCAAAAUAAUUUACCAACUAAACUAGACAAAAGUAUUAUUACGGACAAUAAACAGCAUACCAAUGAAAUUCAUUGUAACAAUCCUAUGAAAUCAUCCAUGGACAAUCAGUUUAAUCAAUUAAAUAUCAAUAAUAAUCAUAAUAAUAAUAAUACUAUAAUGAUAAAUCAUUUUAAAGAUUCUCAUCCAUCAUUUAAACAAUCCACAUGUGAUUUAAUUCAUUCACAUCAUACCGAUGAUACAUUAUUCCUUGAAACUAGAGAACCGGAAAUUGAAGAAUUAGCUAUUCUUUUACAAGAUCCUUUUCAACCACAAGAAAUUGAAGAAUUAGCUAUUCUUUUACAAGAUCCUUUUCAACCACAAGGCUUAAUUCUUACAACUACAGAAUCAAUACCAAUAUCAAGUAACAAUCAUAAUGAUCAGAAUAAUAGUAAUAAUAAUAAUAAUAAUAAUGUUGAUGAUGAUAAUGUGACACUCAACAGUAAUAGUAAUAAUAAUAAUACUGAUAGCAAAAUGUUUAUCCAUUCGAAUAAAUUAUCCGCUUGGCAUUAUCAAUCUAAUAGUUUUAUACGUUUACAUGAAACUCAAUUAACUGUGCCCGAUUCAUUUUUUGAAACUUCAAUGAAUUCAGCCAAUUGCCCUAAUCCCAUGGUGUUUUCAUCAUCCUCUUGUGUGAAUGAAUUGACACCAACGACAACAACGACAACCGCUUUGACAUUGACACCACAAUCACAUAGUGUUUCUACACAAAAUUUAAUUCAUUGUCAUACUACUGGGCUAGAUUUGAAUUUGCCACGAACAACAACUUGUUCAAUCAAAAAUGACUCUAUUAAAACAACACGGAUUGCAAUUAUCACAUCAAGUACAAACACUAUUACGUCAUCUACAUCUACAUCAACAUCAUCCACAUCAUCAUCAACAUCGUUGAAUUCAUCUAUGCCUAAUGUGAAAAUGAAACAUUCAUCACAAUAUCAUCAAACAUUAUUGUAUAAUAAUAAUAAUAUUAAUAUUAAUAAUAGUAUGAAUGAGCAUAGUUUAAGUAAGGCGUUACGUGAAUUUAAUCAAUUAACAUGGUUUCGAUUUCGUCAUUAUAUACCAUGUAUUAUUAAUGCAUUGGAUUAUCGUUUAUCUUUUACAGAUGAUGAACACAUACAAAUCAUAGCUACCGGUAUGAUACUUCAUCCAAUUCAUUCAUCAUCAUUAAUACAAACAAAUGAAAAUCAACAAUCAAUGUUCAAUGUUCAAUCCACUCCAAAUUCUCCUGUGGCGGCAGCCAAUCCUGACAAUCACUCUUCAACAAGCCAGAAUAAAUUUACUUCACAUUCAAUGGGUGAUCAUUACAAUGCCAACAACGAUGAUGACAAUGCUAGUGAACGAAAAUCUUCAAUUAAAAGUCGUUCAAAAUUUCAUUUACGCAAACCUUCAUUAUUAACUAAAUUGAAAACUGAUUUAAAAUCAAUCAGUUUUAUCAAGAGAACUAAUGAUGGAAUCAUGCUCAGUAAUGAUGAAAAUCCUAGUCAACAAGAAAAUCAUCCACAACAGCCGAUUGAUAAACCGCAUACAUCUAAUAAUUGUAUACUUACACCACUGUCAUCUAUACCAAAUGCUUGCGUUGAAGCAUAUCUUGGUAAUUUAGAUUUCUUUUUUGUUAGAGAAACAACUGACCUUAGAGAGGUUGGUGGUAUUUCGGGAUUUUUGCAUACAAGUUUAACUGAAGUACAAGCUGUUGUUGGAGCACAUACAACAAGUUUAGGCGGUAAUGCAUUAUUAUCAUAUCAUUUAAGUGAAGUUGUUGUUCUCAGACCAACUUCAAGAAAUCAAGCCCAGUGUUUAUUGAAUGUUUGCGGUGAUAUGGCUCGAUUAAGUUGGUCUACAACAACAACAAAACACAGACAGUUCACAAAAUGCAAAAGUCAAGUGUAA